UGAACGAAGAAACUUGUUUAGAGGUCAUUCUACUUUAUUCCUGAAAUCUUUUUGGCAUAUUCUGUUCGGUAUUUCUUCAUGGAGUUUCUCGAUAUGAACUAAUUUGGCCGUGGAUCCUCUGAGCGCCACCUGCAGCUGAGCGACAAGAGGGAAAGGGGGAGAAACUCUGCAAUGGCUUAAAGGCUCGAAAGUGUUGCCAACACCGGGAUUUGGAUUACUGCAACUUCGCCUUUCUGAAAUCUUCCGCUUCUGUUCUCUUUUCCAUUGUGUUCCUCAUUUGCUUCGUUUGGGAGAAGGUGUUUUUUCUGGCUGUGACUGUGAAUUAUGUUCUCCGUUGAGUUUCUUCGAUUUGCUGGAGUUCUCCUUUCGCUCUAUUCUGGGAGUUCCUUUGGCCAUACAUGAAAUUUCUGAGGUGAAAGGAAGGCAAUAGAUUUGUUGGGCCGUUGAAGCCAUGAAUAAUUGAUGAAAUAGCUCUCUUGAAGUAAUCAAGCAACAUGUGGCUUCUCCAUUCUAGAUCAAGCUGCUGGAUAUAUGUGGUGGAUUGGUUAUUUCCGUUGGUACUGCUGAUGAACAUUAAUUAACAUCCUUUAGAGGAAAAAGUCUGUUGAGAGCCGAUAGACAUGGGGACAAAAGCUUCAUGUUUGGUCAAAUUUCCUUUGGCAUUAGAAAUUGGGCAUUGAGAGUAGUUUAAUAUUUCUGUUAGUUUUUUCAGCAUUUAUAAUUAUUCUGAAGAUUUUUCCGGCUCGGGCAAAUCUCCUUUGGCAAAUAGUUUCUUAUGGUUGAUGCAGUCAAUUUGAAAAUUUAAAAAAUUCUCCUUUGUCAUCAUCCGUCUUGGUUCCAGAACAGCACCAAGAAGUCUUUAUUUGGCAGUAUCGCUGCUUCUCGACUUCAGCAGUUCUGGGAAAUAUUAUCCAGAAGUUUCUUUGGCUGAAACUUCAGUCCAUUAUUGGGCAAAUCUCCUUUGGCAUUUGGGUCCUAGUUGACUCAUAUUAUCCCUUUGCAAAACCUCUUUGCAAUUUGCUCUGUUUCUGUCAGACAAGGUAUCCUACAGUUCAUUUUGAUUCAUUCAGAUUUAUCUUCAAACUUCAGUUGGUUGUGCAACACAAAUCAAUUAACUUUUGGAUCCUACCCAGGAGUUGGAAGUUCUACUAAAAGAAGUGCAAUUUGAAUGGGAUUGAUGUUUGCGUGAAGUUAUAAAUUACUCAGGGAAGUUCUGGUGCUAAAAGUUUAAGCAAAAAUACAUUAGAGCAUUUCGAACUCUGUUUGAGGCUUGAAUUUUUACUUGGAGGAUACUUUGAGACAUUCUAUUGAUGGACCUGAUUCUAAGUGACUCGGAUUGGGAGAAUUCAAGUGAUUGUGAUAGCAGUGAUGACCUAGAGGAAGCUGAAUAUUAUCAUGGCCAGACUAGUUGCAUUUUAUCAAGCUUAGAGGAGACAAUUGGAAAGAUUGAUGAAUUCCUUUCCUUUGAGAGGGAAUUCAUGCUUGGAGAUGUAGUGUGUUCUGUGAAUGAUCCAUUUGGACAGAUGGGAAAGGUGGUUGGUAUAGACAUGCUUGUUGAUUUGGAGACAAAUCAUGGACCCAUAAUCAAAGAUGUUAAUUCUAAAGAUCUUCGAAAAAUCUGUCCCAUUUCUGUUGGAGAUGUUGUUGUUCAUGGGAAAUGGAUUGGAAGAGUAGAAAAGGUUAUUGAUUCUGUGAGUGUUCUUUUUGAUGAUGGGACCAAGUGCGAAAUUAUUGCUGUGGACCCAGAGAAGCUCUUGCCCAUAUCUGUUGAUGCACUUGAUGAUUCACAGUACCCUUAUUACCCUGGACAAAGAGUAAGGUUCUCAAAUGCUUCCAAACCACCUAGAUGGUUAUCUGGUUGGAAAGAUAACCGAUGUGAAGGAACAGUCUGUUCCGUGGAUGCAGGACUAGUAUAUGUUGAUUGGCUCGCCUCAAUUCUGAUGGGUUGUUCUUCAAGUUUAACUGCUCCACCACGUAUGCAACAUGCAAAGGAAUUGACUGUGUUGUCGUGCUUUCCACAUGCAAAUUGGCAUCUUGGUGAUUGGUGUAUUUUCCCUGUGGAUGAAAAAAGUGAUAUUCUUGGUGAAAAGUUCAUUACUGCUCAUGACCUAUUGACUGGAGGAUAUCGUGAUACAGGCUUUCAGGAAAUCUCUGUCAUUGUGAAGAAAAAAACUAAAGUCGAUGUUCUAUGGCAGGAUGGUUGCCACUCCAGAGGAUUAGAUUCCCAUUGUUUAACUCCAGCAAAUGCUAUGAAUGCUCAUGAAUUUUGGCCUCAACAGUUCGUUAUGGAGAAGGGCAAUUGUGAUGAUUCAAGCAUGUCUGAAACUCAAAGAUGGGGUGUUGUGCAGGCUGUUGAUGCAAAGGAACGGACUGUUAAGGUUCAAUUGAGAACCGGUGAUUUGACUGAAGGUAGUGAUCUGGAUGGACUGUGGGUGGAGGAAACAAUGAGUGCUUAUGAACUGGUUGAGCACCCAGAUUAUUCCUUCGCUCUUGGAGAUAUUGUGUUUAGGUUGGCAUCGUUUGGCAGUCAAUCUGAUGAAAAUAAUAUAACUUCUGAAAUUUCCAUGAAUGAGGAGUCUGCUCAGAGUGGGGAGAGUCACAUCAUUAGUAAUAACAUGAACAUGGACAACUUCCUAUCUUUCAUUGGUAAUGUUACAAGCUUCAAAGAUGGCACCGUGGAGGUCAAAUGGGCUAAUUGUUCUUCAAGCAUGGUUUCACCUCACGAGAUUUUCCCCAUUGAUAAGUAUGAAGUUUCUGCAAUCGCUGUACCCAGUGGUGAUAAUGUUGAGGCGUUGAGACAAGACCAGAUUGAGCCUUCAAAGCCAGACAAUAUCCCAAAAGGAAAGGAUAUGCCAAAUUUUGAUGCUGCUGGUAAAAACUUCAGAAGGGAUACUACUUGCUUCUUUUCUCGAGCUGCCAUUGAAUUUUUCUCGAAUGUUUUUACGACAUUGUUUGGAUCAGUUCGAUCAACAAUUCAAUCAGGCACUUUUACAGCCCUUCAAUCAUUUGAAGGUGGGGACAACAUUGAUAUACUCCCUGAGAAAGAAGUGCUGCAAACUUGCAGCCAGUCCACAGGGAGAUCACAGAUGGCUAAAUUAAAAAGUUUUGGUGAGACAAGUUUGAAUAUAGAAGAAAUUCACGAGAAUGAAGCUUCAACACUUUCAACGUCAAGUGAGAACUACGACCUAUUUACACAAUUUGACAUGGCCAGUGACUGCCCGGACCAUCAUUUUCUUUCAUCAGGAAACGCAUCUAUGCUCUCUCAGGCAAGAAGAGGUUGGCUUAAGAAGGUCCAGCAAGAAUGGAGCAUUCUUAAAAAUAAUCUUCCUGAAACUGUCUAUGUUCGUGUCUUUGAGGAGAGGAUGGACCUUAUUCGAGCUGUCAUCAUUGGUGCACCUGGAACACCAUACCACGACGGCCUUUUCUUCUUUGACAUUUUUCUUCCUCCAGAGUACCCUCAAAUACCACCUCUAGUGCAUUAUAUUUCUGGUGGGCUCCGCGUCAACCCAAACUUGUAUGAAUCUGGCAAGGUCUGUUUAAGUUUACUGAACACUUGGACAGGCAGCGGCUCUGAAGUGUGGAAUCCUGGGAGUUCUACCAUACUUCAAGUUCUUCUUUCCCUUCAGGCUCUCGUGCUAAAUGAGAAGCCAUAUUAUAACGAGGCAGGAUACGAUGCUCAAUUAGGAAGAGCUGAGGGAGAGAGAAACUCCGCGAGCUACAAUGAGAAUGCGUUUCUUGUUACCUGCAAAUCUAUGAUGUACUUGCUAAGCAAGCCGCCAAAGCAUUUUGAGGCACUUGUGGAGGAACACUUCAGGAGACGUUAUCAACACAUUCUAGCAGCCUGUAGAGCAUACAUGGAAGGAACUCCAGUAGGAGCUGAUUAUCACAGUGGAGCAAAAAAACUCGUAAACCCGAACCAAAGUUCUACUGGAUUCAAAAUUAUGCUUGCUAAGAUCUAUCCAAGGCUCAUCAAGACGUUUUCAAGCAAGGGAAUUGACUGCAGCCAAUUCUUCGAGGCAUGAAAUGGUCUGAUCCCUCAACUUUCUCACAAAUCAAUAUCUAUGAACUUCAUGCUCAGCCAAUGUUUAUAAAUAAAGUCGGUGUAUGCCUUGUAAAAUACUGGUCUGUCGUCAAUUUGUUGCAAACUAGCACUGGUGUGUGGCUUGUGGUGUUUUAUGUAGAUAAUAUGCAGCUUGCAGACAAUCUGUGAAAUAAAUAAACAGUACUUUGAUUGGUGUGAAUAUUACACUAGUUGUUUAUGAGAGUUUUUAGUAUUCA